AUGCCCCGAACACGACGCCUUCUUCGAGAUGAGGAGAUGACGUACUCGAUUGCUAAGGAGCAGGAAUCCCGGUUCUUUGCCCAUAUUCAAGAACGACAGGAGUGGAUGAAGGCCAUCGCUGUUCAUCACCUUAACUUAAAGUCAUCAACUCUAUGUCAUGUAGCGGGCCAAGAAGACUGGUCCCAUGGUGGUUUCAAUGUCGGUAUUCCAAUCACUGUCGACGGAUGCAACAAACGCGUCCUCAUGCGCUUUCCCCUCCCAUACCGCGUCGGUGAAGCCGUGCAACCCGGAAAUAGCGAUGAGAAAAUCCGAUGUGAAGCAGGGUCCUAUGCAUGGCUUGAGGAGAAUUGCGCAGAUGUACCAAUUCCGCCCCUAUAUGGCUUUGGCCUUUCUAGCGGUGAAACUUUUACCAGAGUGGAGAACCUGUCUAUCUUGAGUCGAUGCGUUCAGCUUCUCCGUCGUAAAAUAUUAUCAUUUUUAGGAUAUCCAACCCCCUCCAGCUUUGUCAGCCAUCAAACCGCACAUCGCGUCUCUGAUGGCAUGUUUAAUGCUGGUUAUCUUUUGGUAGAGUUUAUAGAAGAAGCACAAGGAACAAUGCUUUCCGACACGUGGGUUCACGGGCAGCAUGAUAUCAAAUCGCACAAAUUUCUUCCACGGUAUAUCUCGGAAUAUACUUAUCCAACUGCCGACUCCUAUAUUUUGGAUAUUCUUGCAUAUCAUGAUAGUCGCUUCCGAAACCAGCCUAAUGCUAUCAACGACCUAGGAGACUGUGAAUAUCAAUUGUCUGCCUUGAGUGCAAUGGGAACGAUUUUCCCUUGUUUCUUCCAGCGAGAUUAUCGCCGCGGACCGUCCUGCUUGGUCCUCACAGAUCUUCAUCAGAGUAACAUAUUUGUGGAUGCCGAAUGGAAUAUAACUUGCCUCGUUGAUUUGGAGUGGGCAUGCUCCAGGCCAAUUGAAAUGAUCAAUCCUCCUUAUUGGCUCACAAAUAAGGGUGUGGACCAGCUGGACUCUGCAGAAUAUGAUGCGAUUCGAACAGAAUUCAUGGAAAUUCUUGCUGCCGAGGAGCUUGCACUCGCGCCUGCUACAUCAUCAAUGGUUGGUAAUAGCGGAAUCUUGCCACAGUUAUCCGAUGUUAUGAAUCAAACUUGGUCGACAAGGGUAUAUUCCACAAACAAAUACGGCGAACAGUUCAAUUUGAUUAUGCCGUUCUUUUGGGGGAAGAAUAUAGGCUCCAUUGCAGGGCGCAAGCUUUCUGAUAAGGGGUACGACGAGAAGCUUCGACAAGCUUUUGAGGACAACUGA